AUGUCAACUCUUCUCACUGUCACUGCAUUUCCCAUUUUCACCCUCACUCUCACCAAAACUCUAAUUUCUCUUCCCAAGUCCUAUUCCCUCUCCUUUAAAUUCAAGUCCCUUGUCUCCCAUUGCUCCCUCUCCGACCGCGAGGAGCAGCGCUGGCUCCGUGAAGAACAGCGAUGGCUCCGCGACGAACAGCGCUGGCUCCGCGAGGAGCAGCGCUGGGCUCGCGAACGCGAUCAGCUCCUCCGCGAGAUCUCCGACCUCAAGCUCCAAAUCCAGGCGCUGGAGCUUCGCCUCUCCACGCGCGUAUUGUCCUCUCCGGCUUCCGUCUCCGACGCCGUCGCGAACGUCACGUUGCUCUUGCAGGUGCUGAAGGACAAGAAUCUGGUUCUCGAGAGCGGUUCGAGUGUGCGGAACAUGGAGGAUGUUAGAACACAAACUGAACACACUCACAAAAAUAGAGAAGAAAAGGAAAAGAGAACAAGAGAUAUUGAGGAGAAAGGAUUCGAUGAAGUCGUGGAAAGUGAGAAGGAGGUUGUGGUGGUUGAGGAGUCUGUUAGGGUUGAACAGAGGAGCACAUUGCGGAAAGGUUCCGAAGGAGAAGAGGUUCGACAGAUGCAGGAAGCAUUGCAGAAAUUGGGGUUUUACUCGGGCGAGGAAGACAUGGAUUACUCAAGCUUCUCAAGUGGAACAGAACGUGCAGUGAAGACUUGGCAAGCUGCAUUAGGUGCCCCUGAGGAUGGUAUUAUGACAGCUGAACUUCUUGGAAGGCUAUAUUUAGAGAUAAGUAAAAAGGACAUGACUCAAGACACACAAUCUACUACUGUUUUACCAAAGGACGGUGAAAAUGGAGCUGCAGUUGCUUCUGUGACAGAUAUUUCAGAGACUCAGCAAAAUGUUGUGAAAAGUGACAAGGGAACAGAAUUUUCCCAUCGAGGAGUUUUUCUUCUUGGAGAGAAUCGGUGGGAAGAACCAUCAAGACUUGUCACAAGUGAUGGAGUUGAUAGGAGCAAAAACAAGAAUGCAACGACAAAAUGCCUUCAAUGUCGUGGGGAAGGUCGCUUGUUGUGUACAGAAUGUGAUGGAUCUGGUGAGCCAAAUAUUGAACCUCAAUUUUUGGAAUGGGUGGAUCAGGGUACAAAAUGCCCAUAUUGUGAAGGUCUAGGGUAUACUGUAUGUGAUUUAUGUGGAGGAAAAACUAUGGUAUAG